AUGCUCGAGCAUUACAACCUUCCUUUCUCGAGAUCAUGUUGUGUAUUGUAUGGUUCUCAAACUGGAUGUGCUCAGGAGGUCGCUGAAAGAAUUCAAAGAGAAGCCAAGAGAAGACAUCUCCGAGUCAAGUUGAGUGCAUUGGAUGAUUAUCCGAUUGAGAAUUUAGUUUCGGAACCAUUAGUAAUAUUUGUUGUGUCUUCGACUGGGCAAGGAGAUGAACCAGAUAAUAUGAAGAAAUUUUGGACUUUUAUGAGGAGAAAGAGUUUGUCUUCUGAUUGUUUGAAGAAUGUAAAAUUCACUGUUUUUGGCCUAGGAGAUUCUUCUUACUCGAAAUUUAAUUUUGUUGCCAAGAAAUUACAUCGAAGAUUGUUGCAAUUAGGAGCCUCAGAGUUUUACAAUAGAGGAUUAGCCGAUGAUCAGCAUCCCAAUGGUAUUGAUAGUACUCUAGUGGGCUGGUUAAAGGGCUUGUGGGACAAAGUAAUGAUGAUCUAUCCUUUACCAGCUGGUGUAGAAAUUGUGUCACCUCACGUUACACCAGAUCCACGAUAUCGGGUAGUACUUUGUGACAAGAACGAUAUCGAUCUUUCGAGAGCAAACUCAUAUAUUUUUAAUUUAUCAAAAUCUCACCAAGAAUAUUGUAAGGAAAAUCCUUACAUGGCUAAAAUGAUUGAAAAUAGAAGAAUUACAGCGGAAAACCAUUGGCAAGAUGUGAGGCAUAUAGUAUUUGAAAACGAAGGUCCAGCUCUCCCCUAUGCUCCUGGUGACGUUCUAGCUAUUUUGCCAAGAAAUACCAAAGAUCAAGUUGAUCAUCUCUUAAAACGAUUGUCACUUUCUGGAGAUGAAAUUAUCAGAGUUGAAAGAAUAGAUCAAGAUGCUCCAGAAUUUCCAUUUGGUAAUCAACCUAUUACGUUGUUCAACUUAUUUGAAAAGUAUUUGGACAUUCAGGGCACCCCACGCAGAUAUCUAUUUGAAUUAUUGAGUCAUUUCGCUACUGGAGAGGAAAAAGAGAGAUUGGAAUAUUUCGGAUCGGCAGAGGGCACAACAGACAUGUAUCACUACAACCACAAAGAAAAGCGAACAUACAUUGAAGUAUUGGAUGAUUUCCCAUCUGCAAAACCCCCUUUGGACUAUAUACUGGAUUUAAUUCCACCAAUCAAACCUCGAUAUUUUUCCAUCUCAUCCUCCCAAUACAUGUUUCCUUCACAAAUUCACCUUACGGUUGCAAUUUUAAAGAUUACGACACCCUUCAAGAGAACAAGAACUGGAGUGUGCACCUCUUGGCUUGCAUCCAUCGAUCUCAAUCAACAAAAAGAAGUGUUAGUUCCAGCUUGGAUCACCAAGGGAACCAUGUCUCUUCCAAAAACACUCUCCACUCCAAUGAUUAUGGUUGGGCCUGGCACAGGAUUAGCAGCCUUUAAAAGUUUCUUGCAGGAUCGAUCUAUGAAAUUGCAUUCAGACUACCAUGGCCAAGAAGUAUCGACUGUUGGAAAGAGUAUUCUGUUUUUCGGGUGUAGAAAUAAGGAGAAGGACUUUUUGUACGGAGAAGAGCUCACCAAGAUGGCCAAUGAUCUCAAGCUUAACUUUUGUCUCUCGACUGCAUUUUCACGAGAUCAAGAAACAAAAGUUUAUGUUCAACACAGAAUUGUUGAACAAAAAGAGUUGCUUUUUGACUUGAUUGUGAAUCAAGGAGCCUUCUUUUAUGUCUCUGGAAAUGCCAAAGUGAUGCCUGAAUCGGUGUUUAAAGCAGUGAAAUCUGUUCUUAUGAGUGGAGGUAUGAAUGAAGCUCAAGCCGAUGACUAUUUGAAACAAAUGGAUCUUUCGAAACGAUAUCAAGUGGAAACAUGGUAA